UCAGCCUGACCAGAUGCCCCUCAUCAUCCUUUCCUCUCCGGUACCCAGAAUAUUCUGGGGGAGAAAACGGAAAAAACAGUCCUCCAGCAGCUCCCCGAUUCCCUCACAGAAUGGCGCUCAACGAGAAGUACACGUACGCCGAGUUGGAGAAGGAGCCGUAUUGGCCAUUCGAGAAGCUGCGGAUCUCGAUUACAGGAGCUGGCGGCUUCAUAGCCUCCCACAUUGCAAAGCGCCUCAAGGGCGAGGGGCACUACAUCAUCGCCUCUGACUGGAAGAAGAACGAACACAUGGAAGAGGAUAUGUUCUGCCAUGAGUUUCACCUUGCUGAUCUGAGGGUCAUGGACAACUGCCUCAAGGUAACCACUGGGGUUGACCAUGUUUUCAAUCUGGCAGCUGAUAUGGGAGGGAUGGGCUUCAUCCAGUCCAACCAUUCUGUCAUCAUGUACAACAACACUAUGAUCAGCUUUAACAUGCUUGAGGCUGGUAGAAUCAAUGGUGUCAAGAGGUUCUUUUAUGCUUCGAGUGCUUGCAUCUACCCUGAAUUUAAGCAGCUGGAAACUGUAGUUAGCUUGAAGGAGGCGGAUGCUUGGCCGGCAGAGCCUCAAGAUGCCUAUGGCUUGGAGAAACUUGCCACUGAGGAAUUGUGCAAGCACUACACAAAGGACUUUGACAUUGAGUGCCGGGUUGGUCGCUUUCACAAUAUAUAUGGUCCAUAUGGGACAUGGAAGGGUGGAAGGGAGAAGGCACCUGCUGCUUUCUGCAGAAAGGCUCUAACCUCCACUGACCGGUUUGAGAUGUGGGGAGAUGGUCUGCAGACUAGAUCCUUCACAUUUAUUGAUGAAUGUGUGGAGGGUGUCCUCAGGCUCACAAAGUCUGAUUUCCGCGAGCCUGUAAACAUCGGGAGUGAUGAAAUGGUGAGCAUGAACGAGAUGGCUGAGAUAGUCCUGGGCUUCGAGAACAAGCAGCUGCCCAUCCACCACAUCCCUGGCCCCGAGGGCGUCCGUGGCCGUAACUCUGACAACACACUCAUCAAGGAGAAGCUUGGCUGGGCUCCAACCAUGAGGCUGAAGGAUGGGCUGAGGAUCACGUAUUUUUGGAUCAAGGAGCAGCUGGAGAAGGAAAAAUCCGAAGGCGCAGACGUGUCGGCAUACGGAUCAUCCAAGGUCUGCACCACGCAGGCACCGGUCCAGCUUGGCUCCCUCCGCGCCGCAGAUGGCAAGGAGUGAACACUCUCGCCUAGGCAAGGAGAUCAGUUGUUUGUCAGUUGUCACGCCAUUUCUUGAUUCAGUCUGAACUUUCAUAUACUGCGUGAGAUUUGUAGCUUUUUGUGCUGUUGUAAACGGGAAUAACUGCUUGGCGCAAGAGGAUGUUAUUAAUGUUAAACAUUUUAUUUGUACAUGUAAAAUCCGGUCAGUUCGUCUUAAUGACAACAAUGAAAUAAUAUUUUGUUACUUUGUGAGA